AGCAGCACUAUGGUCAUGAAAGUUGCCCUUAUUUUGGUCCUCCUUUCAAUUUUCUGUGUCACUUUCAAAGCUUACACCGAAGUUGAUGCUCAAAAUGAUCACAACAAUGAUCCAACUCUCACCAACAAAGAGUUUUUCAAGAAAGCCAAAAUUUCAGAAUCAACCAGAUUAACAAAGGAAGAAGAUGGAGAUGGUGCUAUAUCAGCAAAGUUACACCUAAGGAAAAGGCCAAUCAAUCAUGGGAAUGAGCCUAAAACACAAGCGCAAGACUCUGUAAUGAGGGAUUUGAUCAGAAUUCAGACUCUUCACAGAAAAGUCAUAGAGAAAAAGUACACAAACAGCAUCUCAAGGUAUCAAGAAGUGAAGGAGAGUAUCACCAUCCAGAAGCAGAACAACCCUGCUAAUGAUGUUUUAGAAUCAAUGGAAUCUUCUAAAGAUGAGUUUUCAGGCAACAUCAUGGCAACCUUGGAAUCUGGGGCCUCUCUUGGCACAGGAGAGUAUUUCAUAGACAUGUUUAUAGGAACACCUCCUAAACAUGUUUGGUUGAUACUUGACACUGGCAGUGACCUCACUUGGAUUCAAUGUGAUCCUUGUUAUGAUUGUUUUGAACAAAAUGGACCCCUUUAUAACCCCAAGGACUCAAAUUCUUAUAGGAACAUAACCUGCUAUGAUCACCAGUGUCAACUUGUUCCUUCCCCUGACCCUAUUCAGCCUUGCAAAGAUGAAAACCAAACAUGUCCUUACUUCUAUGGCUAUGCAGAUGGCUCAAACACAACAGGAGAUUUUGCAUUGGAAACAUUUACUGUGAAUCUCACAUGGCCUAAUAAUGGGAAGGAAAAGUUUAAACAUGUGGUGGAUAUGAUGUUUGGUUGUGGUCAUUGGAAUAAGGGCUUUUUUCACGGGGCUGAUGGAAUACUAGGACUUGGGAGAGGACCCCUAUCCUUUGCCUCACAGAUGCAAUCAAUUUAUGGUCACUCAUUUUCUUAUUGUCUCACUGACAUAUUCAGCAACACAAGUACUAGCAGCAAGUUGGUCUUUGGUGAGGACAAGGAGCUAUUGAACAACCACAACAAUUUCAACUUCACUUCAUUGCUUGAUGGAGAAGAAAGUCCAGAUGAUACAUUUUACUAUCUUAGGAUAAAGUCCAUCAUGGUUGGUGGGGAAGUGCUUGAUAUUCCUGAACAAACUUGGAAUUGGUCAACACAAGGUGCUGGUGGUGGUACAAUUAUUGAUUCAGGCUCUACCUUGGCUUUUUUCCCUGACCCUGCUUAUGGUAUCAUCAAAGAAGCAUUUGAGAAGAGAAUUAAACUGCAUCAAGUUUCUGAAGAUGGUUUUAUUAUGUCUCCAUGUUACAAUGUGUCAGGAGCGCAGCAAUUGGAGCUGCCUGAAUUUGGGAUUCAUUUUGCUGAUGGGGCUGUGUGGAAUUUCCCUGCUGAAAACUACUUCUACCAAUAUGAACCUAAUGAAGUUAUUUGUUUGGCAAUUAUAAAGACUCCUAAUCACUCUCAAGUUACAAUUAUUGGAAACUUGUUACAGCAGAAUUUUCACAUUCUGUAUGAUGUGAAAAGGUCUAGACUGGGAUAUUCUCCCAGAAAGUGUGCUGAGGUUUAGCAUCAUAUUAGGGGUGUGGGAAAUGGAAUUUAAAGGGUUUUGAUUGUCAGCUUUUAUUUAUAUUUUUUCUUUUCUAUUCUUCAAGUUCAAUCAAAAUAAGAUGGAAGACCAAAGUUUAUUGUAUGCUAUUUCACUCAAAACAAAUAAUCAGAAAAUUGA